ACCUUCAUCAUCAACAACAACUCCAUCUUCAUCAUCAUCAUCAAUAAUUUCAUUACCAUCAUCACCUAUCUUAACAGCAGAAACAGAAAAUGCUCUUACCGAAAAUAUUAAUAAAAAUUCAAGUAAUAAGCCAAUACGUCUUUUAUCUAAUGAUUGCACUUUAUUAACAGGCUGGAUGAUGGAUGAAUCUACAUUAAGAUCUACUGAUAAAAUAUGUAUAGUUUACGUGCGGUAUAUUGAAGAUAAUGAACCUAAAACAUCAUAUUAUGGUUUAUUAGAUUUAUAUGGUGAUGAUACUGCUAAGAACAUUGUUAAAAGUCUUAAUUGUCUGUGGACAAAAGAUGAUUUAAAGCCAACAAAUUCAUGCUGGUUGUCAACUGAUAAUGCGUCAACAUUUACUGGUGCAAAUGAAGGUGUUAUAGCUAAACUACGUAAUCAAUUAUCUAUUGAUUAUUUAGAAUUAAAUACAUGUGUAGCUCAUUCGUUUGCUUUGGUUGGAUCUCAAGCAUCAUAUAAUUCAAAAACACGAAAUAAUAAAAUAUCUGUUCUUUCUGAAUCUAUCAUGAAAGUUGAGUCUCGAAUAAGUAAAAUCUACAACUAUUUUAACAAGAGUUGCCCUCGACAAUUUAAGCUUAAAAAUUGGCAAAAUUUCAUGGAAAUGCCUGAGCUCAAAUUUAAGAGAAUUUUCGAUAUUCGAUGGCCAUCAAUUCGUGAUUGUAUUAGACCAAUAAUUGUUAAUGUACAACCAGGAUCUCAAGCACUCUUUGCGUGUUUACAAGAAGCAAUAGAUGAUUAUAAUUCAACAAAUGUUGAACGUGAAUGUGCAAAAGAUCUGCUGAACGAAAUACUAAAUGAUGAAUUUCUCUUUUUGCUUCACAUGCAUCAUGAUCUUCAUGAAUCUGUGCUUGGACCAAUUACAAAACCGAUGCAAAAUGAUCAUUUAUCUUACUUUAAUUUAAUGGAAACAAUAAAAGAAAAAACAAGUAUUUUGAAUGGUUGGACAUUUGAAUCACCAACAGCAACAGAUCCAGCAUUAGCCGAUUAUCUUGAAUUAACAAAAACGAAUUCAUUUGGUGCAUUUAAAAUUUUUAGCGCGGUCAAUAAAGUUCAAACAAUCGGUCGUUCACGUUUAAUGGUUUCUACAUUGGAUGCAAUCAUGAACAUUAGAUUAUUAUUAACAGAAGAUUUACGCAGUGCACGUUUACAAAAAGUCGUCGUACGAUCAUUCGAGUCAUGGAAUGAUCAAGAAUAUCAUCGACGUUUAAAUCAAAUGCAACUCUUAAUUGAUUUACCACCGGAUUAUGAAACAAUAAAGCAAACACAAUCAGUGAUCAAGCGAAAUUUAUCUGUAAAUAAUCUUGCGAUGAAUAGUGCUAAUAACUGUCGUACUGAAGUAGAAGCUGAUGAUCCAUUCCAAUCUAAUGCUAUUCAAUGUUGUCAUCAGUCAGAACAAUUUAGCUGGAUCGAGCAUCAUGAUAUUGCUCAAGAUGGUUAUGCAAUGUAUGUAGAAUUAAUAAAAGAAAGUAAAUUUACUUCAUCGAAAACUGUCAAUACAAUAUUAUCUCAAAUAAGAUCUUGCUCAAAGUGGAUUCGUGCAGGUGAGACAAUUGUAGGAAAUAAAUUAAAUACAUAUCUCAAUGAUCUGGAAAGAAUUGCAAUUAUUGGAAUUGAUACGUUGUAUGUUGUUGAUCGUUACAAUGACAAAACUCGAUUACAAAUAUUUCCAAAUGGAUCUCUUGUUGGUCAUACAUUGUGGAAUGAAUUCGAUUCUAUUAUUCUAAUCGAUGAAAAUGCAACUAUUUACACAGCUUCUUACAAUGGAAAUAUUCAACGUUGGUUUAAAGAUGCAAGACAAGGAGACAAAAUAAAUUGUCAAUGUAAUCAAUGUUCUCGUGUAUGGUUCGAUUCAGAAAAUCAAGAUUUUUAUAUUGUCGAACGUUUUCAUUCUCGUGUCAUUAAAUGUAAUAUCCACACGAAUAGAACGAUAAUUGUAGCUGGAAUAACAAAUAUAGAUGGAUCUUCGAAUCAAACACUUUCUUAUCCGUAUAGUUUAUAUGUCAAUAAUGCGAAGGAUAUAUACAUUAGUGAUGUGAACAACCAUCGAAUACAGAAAUGGACACAAAAUGCAACACAUGGCAUUACGAUUGCUGGACAGACAAGAAAAAAAGAUCAAUCGAAUGGUUCUCUUUAUCGACCAUAUGACAUUAUAGGUGAUAACAAUGGUUUUAUUUACAUUGCUGAUAUGAACAAUCAUAGAAUUAUUCGAUGGAAAGAAGGAGAAACACAAGGAGAAAUUCUUUGUGGUAUCUCAGGUGAAUCUGGCAAUUCUACAUAUCAUCUAGACCGGCCAAAAUCACUGGCAUUCGAUGUUGAAGGAAAUCUGUACGUUGCCGAUGUUGGAAAUUCACGAGUACAAAAAUUUACUAUUAACAAUACUGGUUGUCUUUUAUCAGAAACCGAAAUGUUGAAAGAUCGAUGGUCAUUUAUUCGUCAACAACUACAUGCAUCCAAAGUUCAACUUCAAAACAGUGUUCCUCUUGGUCUUGGCUAUAAUCCAUUAAAAGGCUCUCCUAUUUGUUACACCGAUUUUUGUCAAAGAGAAGGUUUUGCUCUACCUAUUUUCAAGCUUAAGUAUUUUAUUCCAUCUAAAGGAACUUGUACCAACCAUUCUACAUCAGAAAAUGUGAAAAUUGAUUGUAUAACCUCGCAGAAUGUCAAUAUCGAAACACAAAUUAUUAAUACAUUACGUGAUCUAAAAGAACACAUGUUGAAAACUGUUGAUUUUUCAACUGAUUUUAAGCGAAAUUCAAGAUAUGUUAAUGUUUCUUUCUCUUAUGCUUACUCAAGAGAAAUACGCUCAAUCAUUGAUAUGAUCAUGAAAGAUAAUGCAACCAUACUUGUUACUUCGUUCAAUAUAACAUCGAUUCGUCUUUCGAUCAAUGAAUCAAAAUUUGAGAUCUCGAAUGAAUUUCGUUUCGUCAUUGAGAAUAUGCCAUGCUGUGACUUUAAUGAAACCGUAGAAAAGUACAUUCAUGAAUUUAUAAUUGGCUAUUUUGGUUAUACAUAUAUUAAAGAAGUUCAACUUGGUGGUAUUAUACAACAAACGAUUGUUAUUACACAAAGCAAUCAUACUAAUGUAGAGCAAAAUAGAUUUAAUACAUCGUACCAAGUAUGGAUGAGAGAUGUUGCCAAAGAACUCUUUUCAGUUCAAAUGAAAUUAAAUCGAACGCAAACAUACGAUAAAAUGUUAAUGAAUAUUUCUAAUAAGUAUUUCACUAAAAGUAAUGUUAUGAUAUAUGCUGGUAAUAUUUCAAUAAAAUCGUUUGAUGAUUGGUAUAAGUCAGUAUCAGAUAACCCAGUCCUUCUGAAAUUUAGUUUUUCUACUAUUUUUGAUUUGUUAACGAAUGGCCAUUUUCCUGCUGAUUCAUAUAUUUUUCAAAAAGCUGCACUGAUCAAAUUAGCCAUUGAUCGAUAUUUAUCAAAUCCAGUAUAUUGCUAUAAUCAAUGUACGGAUACUAUACAUGGAACAUGUAUCGAGAGUGGCUAUUUCCAAUUUGGCAUCUGCCAAUGCAAGUCGGAGUGGACAGGAUUCGACUGUGCUACUCCUCUUCAACAUUAUAUCGAUACACUUCACAAUAGGGUAUCACCAAUUUGGAAAACGAAAGCAGGAAGAAAUAGUUAUCCAGCGUCAAUAGGUUAUGGAAAAGGGAAAAUGGCACCAAAAGAAACAGUUUCGCAUAUUUUUGAUCACAAUAUUCAUACUAAAUAUAGAAGUUUUGGAUCAGGAUCAACUAAUACCAUGAGUCAAAAAACUGGUCUAAAUACAGGCUUUUAUCUUACACUCAAUGCUGGCAUUUGUAUUGUGAAUGGAUUCCAGUUUACAACUGCAACUAGUCAUCCAAAACGAGAUCCAAUAAUGGUUACACUUGAAGGAAGUAAUGCUGACAAGUCUUUGUUAACACUUGGUAGCAGUUGGUCAUUGAUGUACAAUGGAUCGAGUGGACUUGAAAGCGAUCCAGGUCGAGGUAAAACAGGUGUUCUUCAAAUGUUCAACAAUAGUCAACCUUACCGAAGCUAUCGUCUGUUGGUAGUAUUGAAACGAGGAGUUGAAAGCGGAGUACACUAUUCGGAAUUAGCAUUCUAUGGUCAUUCAUGUUUGCCAGGUCAACACUAG